AUGCAGAGACCGGGAGGGCAAGGGGCUGCCUUUUCCAUCGAUUCCCUGAUCGGGAGCCCCCAGCCCAGGCCGGGACACCUGCUCUACACGGGCUACCCGAUGUUCAUGCCCUACAGGCCGCUGGUCAUCCCGCAGGCCUUGUCCCACUCCCCUCUCUCCUCCGGGAUUCCUCCGCUCGCCCCGCUCGCCUCCUUCGCCGGCCGCCUCACCAACACCUUCUGCGCCAGCCUGGGCCAAGGCGUGCCGUCCAUGGUGGCCCUCACCACCGCCGUGCCGGACUUCUCGGACCCCCCGGACACCUUCUACCCGCCGCAGGAGCUGCCGGGCGCGAGGAGGCGGCAGAGCCCGCCGCACUCCGACGACCUCCGCAGCCGCGACAAACGCGCAGACUUGCUCAACUUCUCGGAAACUUUCCAGGCGAUCUCAGGCGAGACCAAACUGUACAGUUCGGACGACGAGAAAGCGGACGCGAAGUGCGCCGAGGCCGCGUGCAGCGACCGGGACGACAGCUCGGCGGACAGCGACAACGAGAGCUUCUCGGACGGCAACGCGUGCGGGCCGCGCCCGCAGAAGGCCGAGCUGCAGCUCGGCGCGGCGGCCCCGCACGACGCGCCGCCGCCCGGCGCCGCCUCGGCCGCCAAGAGCCGCCGAAGACGAACCGCCUUCACCAGCGAGCAGCUGCUGGAACUGGAGAAGGAGUUCCACUGCAAAAAGUACCUGUCGCUCACCGAGCGCUCGCAGAUCGCGCACGCGCUCAAGCUGAGCGAGGUCCAGGUGAAGAUCUGGUUCCAGAACCGUCGCGCCAAGUGGAAACGCAUCAAGGCCGGCAACGUCAGCAACCGCUCGGGGGAGCCCGUCAGGAACCCCAAAAUCGUGGUGCCCAUCCCGGUGCACGUCAACAGGUUCGCGGUGAGGAGCCAGCACCAGCAAAUAGAACAAGGGACGCGACCGUGA